AUGGAGCGCAUUCAGCUUUUACGCGGCAUCCUUGCAUUUCUUUUCAUCAUACACGCAGCCAAUUGUGCUAAAAUUCAAUUAAAUUUGUCUGACUACACAGUGGUGAACUUCCUACAGGAUGUGCGACGUCUACACAACUAUGACCAGGUAGUAUUCGCACGUAAUCGGAACAUAACUGCCUUCACAGCCUUCAGAACUCCCACGAAUGGAGAGUUAGAAAGCAGGCGUCAAGGAAAGGAAGUAUCAUUGGAGGUGGAUUAUGAGAUGCAAUUUGUGCAAAAUUUAAUGACAGAUCUGGUAGCGCCAGUUAUUCUUCUCAACGAGUUGAGCGUUUUUCCGCUGAGGAAGCACUUCAGCGCCGCCCUGAUGGUGGUGGUGUACGUGGAGGAGUCGCUCGAAUCACAGACGGGAUUACUAAAAGCGCUCUUGGUAAGCUUGGAGUAUCGCAGACAAUCGAAAAUAUUAUUUCUAAUAAAUAACAGCGACACAACGGCGACUUGUGAUGACACUUUCCUACAGCAACUCUUUCAAUUCUGUUGGCAGAGCAAAAUGAUAAAUGUGGCAGCGCUAUGUAGUGACUAUAAGCUCACAGCUCAAUUCUACAGCUACACCCAUUUUCCUAUAUUUGCGCUUGAGUACAAAACUUUAAACGCCGAUCUGCUGCACUGGGGCCCCAUCUACCCCUAUCGCCUCGGUAACUUACAAGGCUUCAAAUUGCCCUAUAUAAUAGGCGGUUCCGAGCCACGCGUUAUUGUAUAUAAUUAUAAUGGUCGCAAAAUAGUGGGCGGCUUUGCGGGUCAUUUAUUCGCGAAUUUCGCACGCAAGCACAACUUUUCGCUCUACGAGCCACUGCCUAUCUCCUCGUAUACACAAUUUGCCCCAUCACAGGAAUUGAUUGCCGCCGUGCGUAAUAACACCGUAGAGAUUUCGGUUGCACUUACCUAUCCAAAUAUCCCCUUGAAUGGUUUCACCUAUCCAUACGAGCAGACAAGUUUUUGCAUUUGGGCACCGGUAGAGGCAGAUAUACCGAAUUCUGAAUUCUUUUGGAUUGUUUUCGAGGGACUAACCUUCGUACUGGUGAUGGGUACACUCGUCAUUAUUUCCGUAGUGCUAAGUUUUGCGCUCUGGCAGCAUGGCAACAGACCAGCUAUAUUAGAUUUCUUCAUGCACGAUGCUUGUCUACGCAGUGUACUGGGUCAAUCCAUUCGGGAACUAAGUGGUGCACCCUUCGUGGUGCGAUUCAUUUAUCUGCAAAUUGAUAUGCGUCUACAGACACAAAUUAUGAUAAAAAAAGACGCAUUUUAUGAUGAUUUAGAAGCUACACUUGCUGAUGUACCAAGAGGAGUUAUUGGUGACUUGCAUGCAAAAGUAGGCAAGAACAAUUACGGCUUUGAAAAUGAAUUUCCCUGA